CUUAGCUGUCCGCUUUGCGCCUCUGCGGAGUCUCAGUCGGUUCUUCGCGCCGUGGAUGCCUUCUCGCCUUGCCAGGGGGAAGGGAGCUGAUGUGGGUACAAAUAAAGUACUACACGGAGUACAUCCAAUCGACAUGUCAGCCCGUAUCUCCGGGAUAUGCCAGGUCUCUCGUACAGAAGCCUUAAAACGUGAUGACAACGGGCAAAUCCACUGGUGCACGCCGACGCGCCCGUCCGUCAAUCCUUUUUCCAUCCCCCCCUUCCACGACUUCCUUUUUCCCUCGCUCAGUCCACUUCACACUCCUUUGUUUGUCCAUCUUCACAUUUCAUCCUGAUGGGUUUCGAUCUGAGCUCCGCGUGGAGCUCCCCUCGGGGCUGGAAGCUCAUUGCUCUCACACUUCUCGGCUUAACCCUGCUCCUUCUCGUGCCCCUCUAUCAGCUAAGCGACCACGACACAUCCGGCAUUUACAGCCAUCUGACCAAAUAUCUUGGCCACGGUGGCGAUGCCAACAGCGACCCUGCGGACAGUGUCUACGUCAACACCACCGAGCCUGUCGACGUAAUCACAGGCAACGAUUCCAACAAAGUCGACGAAGCAGAAAACGGCGAAGACAAUAGGCUCGAGGACACCUACACCACGACUACCGCGGAAACGGAAAGCAAGCCCACAGAGGAAAGCAAACCCGUGGAAGCGGCCACUCCCGAUGACGACGAGAUUAAAUAUCAAGACGAAAACAAGGAGGACGGAAGCCAGGAAGACGGAAGCAAGCCACAGGGAGAGGUCAUUCCCGAGGAUGACGAAAUCAAAUACGAAGAGGGAAACAAACCUGAGAACGAGGAGAAUCCCGAAGGCACCUUCACCACGCCUACCGCGGAAAGCCAAUCAACACCUGACAGCGCGCCUGAGAAUACCGAGAACAAAUCCGAGGAGGAAGUAAACACACCCGCGAACGACGAGAACAAAUCUGAGGAGGAACCGCAAACGCCCAAAGUCGAGAUCCCAGAGCAAAACAAUAAUGUCUUCACACCCUAUCCCGAAUCGCGAAAAUCGCCCUGUGAUGGGUUCCCUUCCAUGGAUGGCAUUAUGCUCGUCAUGAAGACAGGUGCAACGGAGGCGUUCACAAAGCUCCCAACUCAGCUCCUGACGGGUCUCCAAUGCAUAAACGAUUUUCUCAUCUUUUCGGACUUGGUAAGUAACAUCAUUGCAGCGAUUUCAAUGCGCAUGGGUUGGCUCUAUUGUGGCGCACUCGAGCAUUCCAGUUCUCUCCACCCGAGCUUGCUGUCCAGAAAAGUGCGCACGACACUGGUCUCGACUCACUUGGUCAACCUACGUCGUCGUGUAGAUCUGUCAUCUGGCGCAUUGCAAUCCCCAUCGCAAACGUAAAAAACGCGAGGCUAAUGCCAGAAAUAGGAGCAGCAGGUCGGCAAGUACCACGUCUAUAAUGUCCUGGAAGACGUCAAGCAAGAGGCCAAGGGGGAUCUCAUGGAAUUCAAG